GCGGCGGGGCGGCCCGCGCGGAGCCUGCCGUCCGUGGCAGCGCGGCGCUGAGCGUGCCGGGGUUACGCCGAGAGCAAAGUGAAACCGGACGCUGCCCUUGGGCGGAGCCAAAGCUGUAGGCAGCGUUUUCCUACGGGAGGUGGAGCCGAAGAGUACGGGGCUCUCGGAUUGUAGCAACGGAAUAAAACAUUUAAAAAGA